AUGGCUGGCUUUCCACUGUUUAAGCUGGGAUAUCUCGCGAUCAAGCAAAUUAGUAAACCUUUAGCUAAUCAUAUAAAACGACAGGCUAAGUCAAGUCCUAUAUUUCGGAAAUAUAUCUGCAUCCCCCCUGCUCAGUUUUACCACUGGUUUGAGGUCAACUUCAGAAUGCGUCUUAUGGGGUUAGGAACUGCUGAAAAUGUGGUAAAACUAAGCGAGAAAGAUGCCAUUGAAUUAGGUGGAGAGAUGCUUGGAGAAUUCUUAGUAUUCUCCUUUGCCUCGCUGGUCCUGUUUGCAGAGUAUCAGCGAGGGGCAAGGAAAGAGGCUGCAAAAGAAGAGAAACUAAAGCAAGAAAAGUUAGAUAUAAUUAACAGAAUAAAAGAAUUAGAAACAAAUAAAGAGACGCAUAAAGUACAAAUUAAAGAACUACAGCAGCAAUUAGAUGAAUUGUUUUCUUAUAAGGAGAACAAGACGGAAACACAAAAAUCAAGAAGUAUAUUCAGAAUUUUUUAG